CUUGGUCAUUUCCUUUUUAUAAAAAAUAAUAAUUCCUUUUUCCUUUUUUUUCAAAUUCACACUUUAUUCUAAUAAUCAACCUUCCUCUAGAAUCAUAACGGGGAGGUUUUUUUUAUUAUUACAAUAAUGGCGACGUUCCGGCUUCCAAAUGUGUUAAAUGACGUGAUUCGUGCGCACCAAGAUCAGUUUGUCCGCACAGUCAAGCCGAAAAACGGCGUCGGUGCAUUUGUUUUCCCCUGCCGCAAACUAGUGUUCAACUACUGCGAGCGCAGCGGAAGCAGCAAGACAAUGAUGGAGUAUCUUCAGAAACAAGCAGUGAAAUUUUCGCAGGAGAACCCGCAGAUCGAGGUGAUUGUCCAGCCUAGGCCCUCUAGACACCCGAUCAUCAGGGCGUUUUACACUAAUGGGCAGCAGAAGACCAAGUGUGUUCGAAAGUGUUCGGUGGAGGAGAUCCCGGAGGUCGUCAAGUCUUUGAGAGAUCAUUCGGGUAAUAAGCUGCGCAAGUGGAAUCGGUAUGUUAUUUCGGAUACGCCGAGUGUUCGUGGUAUUUACUCGCCGUUCCAUGUUUCCGAGGUGCACAAGAUUAGUGAUUUGAAGAAAUAAUAAAAAGAAACCAAUUUUUUUUAUCUUGUUAAAAGGUGUUA